ACAAAGCAGUUUUCGCAGACACUAAGACAAUCCAUCAAAAAGAACAAAAAGAAAGAGAAAAAGAAAGAAAUCAGAUUGCAGAUUAGAUCUAGCCAUUGCUUUUCCUUUCGCCUUUCACACAUACCUUCAUCACAUAUACACACACAGUAUUUUCUUCAUUAGCUGAUUAAUUUAUCAGUACGCUUCCGCAGAUCUCAACAAUGGAAAUGUGAGCCUUUUCUUUCAGCUCAGAGAGGAGAUAUAAAAGGAGUUACAAGGUGUCCUCAACAAUUUGUGAGUUGGGUGGAUUCUAAUCCCAUUAUUAGGAGUUAAGACGAAAGAUUUUGGUUGUGCUGUGCCUUCGAACCCAACUUGGCCAUGGCGUCGGAGCAGAUUAGGUUUCUGCAGCCACAGCAAGCACCGGCUUCCCGGCGCAAGAGGUGGGGAGGUUGUUGGACUGGACUUUCUUGUUUUGGUAAAAAUAAAGGCGGAAAACGGAUCGUGCCCGCAUCAAGAAUGCCCGAAGGGAACCAAGUAUCGAAUCAGCCGAAUGGCCCCCAAGCCAUUGGGCUGCCUAAUCAGACGACCGGAAUCCCCCAGUCUCUUUAUGCUCCGCCAUCUUCGCCUGCUUCUUUCUCGAAUUCUGCACUCCCGUCUACAGCUCCAUCUCCCAACUGUUUCUUGUCUGCCAACUCUCCCAGCGGUCCUUCGUCCACUAUGUUCGUCACAGGCCCAUACGCCCACGAGACGCAGCUGGUAUCCCCUCCUGUUUUCUCGACUUUCACAACUGAGCCAUCCACAGCUCCUUAUACACCUCCGCCGGAGUUGGCGCAUUUGACCACCCCGUCUUCUCCCGACGUGCCUUACGCCCAUUUCCUCUCGUCUUCCACCAAUAUGAAAGGCGCUGAUAGGCACAGUUACUUCGCUGCAAAUGAUCUGCACGCCACGUAUUCGCUCUACCCGGGAAGCCCAGCAAGUGCUCUCAGGUCUCCCGUUUCUAUGACACCAGAGAAAGAGUAUCCCUCUCAGUGGAGUCCUUCAAAAGAGCCCGUGCGUUCGAAAUCCGGGUCGGGCCGGUAUAUCGGGCUUGAGGCUGACGGUGCCGGAAAGUCGCGCCAGGAUUCCAAUUUCUUCUGUCCCGAGACGUUCGCGCAGUUCUAUCUUGACCAGUCGGCGCUUUCUCAAUCUGGUGGUAGGCUAAGUAUCUCCCGAGAAUCGGAUGCUUACUCGAACGGCGGAAAUGGGAACCAAAACAGGCAGGCGAAAGUUCCCAAACCUGAUCCCGAGGAACUGGAGGCUUAUAGGGCUUCUUUCGGGUUCAGUGCUGAUGAAAUCGUCACCACAGCACAUUAUGUUGAGAUAUCAAACGUGUCGGACGACUCCUUCAGCAUGACGCCGCUUACCUCCGACAAACCCCCUGGGGAUGGAAACAUCUUAAAUGCAGCAUCAAGAGAGAGGACAGAGACAGACAAGAGGCAAGAAGGCUUUACUGCUCUGCAGCUCGGAGAUGCAGGACCGACUCUUCCCGGCUCGUACAACAGCUCCGAAGAUCAAGCCCCACAAAAGCAGCAAGGGUUGCCAAGUAGCCACAUCCUAAGCGAUGAUGAAGACAUAUACUCGAAGAUGGGGGCUCCUAGAAACGGCUGGAAGUAUCCGUUUUGUUCGUCCAAUUCUGAUGCGGAGAUUGAGUAUAGGAGAGGACGGAGCCUGAGAGAACAACAUAACCGGAGGUAAAGCUGAGGCCACGGAGGCUGAUGAUGCGAACGCCUUAAAAUCGGUCGUAUAUGUAUUUGCAGCCCUUGCUAUCAUCUGUGGUUUUUCGCUUGCUAUAUGAUUUAACAUCUGAUGAUCCAACAUUCCUUUUGUGUGAGAGCUGUUUAGUAGUACUAUAAUUUGUGAAGAGUGUUUGUUAUAUAUAAAUACAUUCAAGAAUUCUGCAUCAAGUGUAGAGACUACAACUUUUGGCAUAUAGUUCAGUUGGAGAAAGAAUGCAAUGUGCACUUUUUUGUAUGUAAAUGUUAAUAGUAUAUGUUAAACUACGAAAAUAUCUAUAUUUGGGCA